AAUCGGCCCAGUCUAGUCCGUUCCGCCAUGCUGGAAUGGGCUGGAACACCUUUGUGAAAAGGACCGAGUUGUGUAAUAGUCACAUAGUGCCACAGGUGGCAACUCUGAUCGUACAUAAACCUGCUGGAAGCGCAAUCGAGGCCAUGUAUGAACUUAGUAGAGCUGAGACUUGACUGAACCAUAGUUCUCUCCUCAUCAAACAAAAACGCAUCAUCACUUUAGCAAGUCAAGCAAUGAGACUGUCUUCCUUAUUUCAAUCCGCGGCGCUUGUCGCAGCCUCUCUCUCCGAACUAUCACAAGCCCAAGCCUUGACCCCCCGUGGCUUCACAACACCCAAGCGCAAAGAACUAUGGCAGCCAGAAGUCGGGACACCAUGGCAAAUCAUCCUCUCCGAGGUCGUCAAAGUUCCCAAAGCAGGUGUUAGCUCUAUGACUCCAGACGUCCCCAUCUGGGAUAUGGAUCUCUUUGAGAACUCCAAGAGCACCAUCACUGCCAUGCAGAAAGGUGGCAAAAAGGUGAUUUGUUACUUCAGUGCUGGUUCUUGGGAGAAUUGGCGUAAAGAUAAAGACAGCUUUCCGAAGAAAGAUCUUGGUAAGGUAAUGGAUGGUUGGCCAGACGAGAGGUGGGUGAAUAUCAGCAGUGUUGCCGUACGAGCUAUCAUGGUGCAACGAAUUAAGCUGGCGGCUGAGAAGGGAUGUGAUGCUAUUGACCCUGAUAACAUGGAUGGAUAUCAAAAUGAUAAUGGCCUCGGCCUCACCGAGGAAGACACCAUCUCAUACGUCAAGUUCCUCUCUGCAGAGGCAGCCAAGUACAACAUGGUCAUGGGUAUGAAGAACGGCGGAGAUGUCACAGAAGAGGUUCUUCCAUAUGUUGCCUUCUGCAUCAACGAGUCUUGCAUCCAAUAUUCUGAGUGCGACUUGUACCAGCCUUACAUCGACGCAGGAAAGCCAGUCUUCAACAUUGAGUACCCCAAGGGCGCACCAAAGGUCAAGGCUAAGGAUCAGAAGAAGAUUUGCUCUACUAGUGGUGCGGCGGAAGGAUCAGAUGGAUUCAGUAAAGUUAUCAAGAAGAUGAAUUUGGAUAAAUGGGUCUUGUAUUGUUAGGGCUCAUGAGAGCCCACGGCAUUGG